GGCAACACAGACUUCUGAAGGGACAUCCCAGCUCGCACACAAUCGUCCUCCCACCAACAACACACGCUCCAUCUUCUCGGUUCCACCGGUGACCAAGGUGCAGCCUUGGGGGAAUCAGAACAAUAACAAUACAAGAAACAGGGCUAGGCUGGGCUUUUGCUUCAGACCACUGAGACUGCAGACAAUCAUCAAAGCUAAUCAUUGGAGGAGCACAAGAUCCAAAACUCACCUGGCUGCAUGAAAAGCAGGCUGAACGCCAAAAUGGAACUUCUACUGAAGCUUCUCAGCAUCUGGUGCCUGGUUGGGCUAACUGUCAGCCAGGACAUGCCUUACGAGGAAUAUAUUGCCCAGAUUCAAGCCUGCCCUAAAGAGUGCCGCUGCCCACCGAACUUCCCUCGUGCUGUCUACUGUGACAAUAAAAACUUGAAGAAUAUCCCUAAAAUCCCUCCAUACACAUGGUACCUCUAUCUACAGAGCAAUAUGAUCGAAGUGCUGUCAGCAGAUGCCUUGCAGAAUGCCACCCAGCUGCGUUGGCUUAACCUUAACCGCAAUAAAAUCACUAGUGAAGGCGUGGAAGAAGGUGUCCUCGGUGCAAUGACUCACCUGGUGCACCUGUACAUGGACGAUAACCUCUUGUCUUCAGUGCCAUCACAAUUGCCAGCCAGCCUGGAGCAUUUACGUCUGUCUCGCAAUCGAAUCUCCAAGAUCCCUGCAGGUGUCUUCAUCGGCCUGGACAAACUUACUCUUCUGGACCUCCAGGGGAACAAGCUGAUGGAUGACGCUGUGACCGAAGUCAGCCUAAAGGGUUUGAACAACCUGGUACAGAUCAAUCUAGCCAAGAACCAGCUGAGUACCAUGCCUCUUGGGCUACCACCUUCCACCACCCAGCUUUUCCUUGAUGGCAACAACAUUGAGAAGAUCCCACCUGGCUACUUCAAAGGUUUGCCCAAAGUGGCAUUUCUGAGGCUCAACCACAACAAGCUUGCUAGCAGUGGGGUCCCCAAAAAUGUGUUUAACAUCUCCAGCAUUUUGGACUUGCAGCUGUCCCACAACCAGCUGACUGAUGUUCCUCUCAUUCCCUCAGGCCUUGAGCAUCUUCACCUUGACCACAAUAAGAUCAAAACUGUAAGCGGCUCAGGUGUCUGUCCCGUGUCUGUCGAAGAUCUGGGUGAUUCACUUAAUGAAAGUGCUCCUCGACUUCGCUACCUCCGACUGGACGGCAAUGAAAUUCAACCACCAAUUCCCCGAGAUGUCAUCACGUGUUUCCGUCUCCUUAGGUCUAUUGUCAUCUAAACAGAAAAACGAACAUUGUUUCUUAGGCCGAUUCUUAUUUUCCACAAAUGAUGACUUGACCUUGAAGUUGAUUUGGUAAAUGAGAAUUGUGAAGCCAUACAUAUUUGCAUGUUUGUAAAGUAUCUGACAUUAGUUGGCAUGAACUUAUUGUAUUGUUGUGACUUGGAAACAACUUUUUUAGUUAAGUCUGAAUAAGAUCUAAAAGACACUACUGAUGGGUUAGAAGCUUUAAUUGCGGCUAUUGACCGCUAGCUGUGCCUUAUGCAGGUGUAAACAGCUGCAUGAACACUUCUGAACCAAAAUGUACUGCAGUUUAGCAUAACUGUACAUGAAUAGGAGGACAAUAUGUAUUUAUGGCAUGUAAAAAGCUUGGCGACUAAUUGUCAUUAUGCGAUAUUGAACAGAAGCUAAAGCUUCUAAAUGCAAAGUCAAAAUACAACUUUUAUUUUUUUUUUCUAUGACUACUUUAUAUCUUUGGGCUUGAAGCCAAAUAACUGGUCUUGUGUUCUUAUAGGUGUGUGGUCUUGCUUUUCUUCAGAAAAUUACUCUAUUCUAGAAAUUUUCAUAUUUACUGUAGGUAAUUUAUUUUUAUUUAAUACUGGGGGAAUAAAAGUGGAAUCCUGUGAAUAUUCCCGGCCAACAGUCCUUAAUGUUUUGUACACAACAAUGUGAGAACUGUUUUUAUAAAAAAAAAUACCAAGACACUUUUUAAUUUUGGUCACUUCUUUUUCUGAAUAAUUUGAGAUAAGAUGUCAUUUGAAUUGUCUUCA